AUGUUAUUAAAACCUUAUCCACAAGCAAAGCAACAAAAACUUAUACAAGAUGUUCUUAGACUCUUUAUUUCCUGUAUGCUUCUAUUAUAUUUGGUUGAAAAUCAAAAUUUUCGUACCUUUUUAUAUUCUUUUGAUCCUAGAUAUAAACCACCUUGUGUAAAUACACUUAAAAAUAAAAUAGCAAAUAGAACUAACUAUACAACUCAACCUUUGCUUGAAGAAUUUAAUAUAAAAAGAAGUAAAAUAUUAAGUAUAACUACAGACAAUAGCUCAAAUAUUAAAGUAGCUAUUAUACAGCUUUUAGCAAGUCUUUCUUUAUCAAUACCAAUUGCUAAUAUUUUUUGUACUAUACAUACUUUGCAGCUAAGUGUUGAGACAUGCUUGGUAGUUGUGCAGAAUCUAAUUACUAAAUAUAAAGCAUUGAUUUCACUUAUGAGUGGAGAAAAAAAAUAUAAACAAUUAAGAGAGGCACAAAUUAGG